CGAUUUGAAUUUCGCGCCAUAUGAUUUGAAUUUCGCGCCAUACUAUUUGAAGUUCGCACAAUGCAAAUUUUGUGGUUAUUCCUGUAAACACUAUCAUUUUAACAUUUGUACCAUUAGUUUUGCAAAUUGGGGUGUAUUUUUUAAUACGACCUUAUUCACACCUGAGCAAUGAAAGAUUUUAAAACGAAGAGUCUUCCAAAAUAUCUUAAUUUUCAAAGAACAAGUUUAUUGCAAUGUAAAUUUAGCUUUCUCUGGGAAUAAAGAAAGAACUCACUUUGCAGUGAGGUGUGCUAUGAUCCAGAGGAGCAGAAGUUUUAGCAGAGUGACUUUUAUAUUGAACUUUAACUGUUUGUUUGGUUCUGUGUGUUAAUGUUUAUGAAUGUUUACAUAAAUAUGCAAUUUAAAUUCAGUACAAUAAGUUGUUAUAUUUAAAAAAUACGGACAGUUCAUUUUUUGAAUCUCACAACACUAUGGCCAUCUGGUGAUAGAAAGUAGGAAUUAAUAAAACUAUAUUUUGAAUACUCCUUUCAUAUUUAAUUUUAUCAAAUUAAUAACACUUAUCAAGCGUUGUACAAUCACAUUAUAUUAUUAUUUGUUGUGUUUAUUUAUUAUACAAUGACAUUGAUGAUAACUGUAUCAUCAGCCUAGGGAAAUUCUUACUUAUGAUGGUGGCUUUUCUCCAACUUCUGUAUUGCCUCCCGGUUAUAUACAUGGUGGAGAAAAUAAACGAACAGGAAUAUGUUAAGUGAUUUAAAUAUAUUUCUAUGUAUUUAUGCACAAAAUUAAGAAAGGAUUGGACCUCAUUCUUUACGAUUAUUCCUUCGAUGCUUAGAUAUAUAAAAAGAACAAACUGCAAUUAACAAUUAGGGAUCGCAAAAGCUUUUGUCCGCUGUAUAUAUAGUUUUCGUGACAUGAUCAUCACAACUGCGCAUACGCUUUUUCAUAGAGUAUAAAAUAUAUACAAACGAAACUCGAGAUACACGGAAAGAACGUAUUAGUGCAAUCUAUCGGGAAGUGGGGUCAUAUUAUAUAUACAUAUAAUUGCAUAGAGAUAUUUCAUUUUUAUGUUCUGCCUUCCGUACUUUUCAACCAAUCAAGCAAAUGCUUCAAAAAUUUCAAACUUGAAUUCGUCAACGGAAAUAUUUACCGACCGUGAGCUUUUCUGCCUCUGAAGAAGAAAAAUAUUGAGUAAACAAGAUAUUCUUUCUUAAAUAAACGUUUAAAAUAUCUACGAAAUAACUUAUUAUGUUUGGACAUUAUUCGCCGUACGACAGCUUGCUGUAAUUUCAUUUAUUUAAGCAAUUAAAUAAUAAUUUUUUAAUAUGAUGGACAACUGUUGUGCUCCACAAUGGGCAGAUUUAACCCGUAGCCCACAAGUACUCUCUGACAAUUACUUUGAAGUAGAGCAUGAAGUGCAUAAACCACUUAUUAAUUUUCAGUCGCCUCCACAGUUGAGUGUGUCACACAGCAAAAAAAGUGUGACAGAAGUUUCAGUAUCUGAAACAAACUUCGAGGAUAGUUUAGAACCAGUUAAAGAUACGUGUACCAAUGUAGCAUUCUUUAUACCACAUACCAAUAAAAAGCAGAUGGAUGAAGAAAAGGAUCUAAAUAGUACAUCAGUAAGUUUGAAACCAGAUAAAAAGCCCAAUAAAAACCAUCAGGUAUGGACUAUAUCUACAACUGAACUGACAUCGACAUAUAAAAAAUCAAUGGUGGAUAAUAAAAUUAAAACAACAGUCCCAGAAAAAAUUAAAAAUGGUAUUCAUAUGUCAGAUUUGAAAUGUCAAGUUCUAAUUAAAUCUGCCCUAAAAAAUAGUGAGAAAAUCAGUGUUGAUGUUAAGAAAAAUAAUGUACAAUCUACUGCUUUGACAAAAGAUAAAAGUGAUUUAAAGAGCAAUCGUGAUUCUAAAUGUACUGAAAGCAAUGAUCCAGUAGAGAGAUUAUCUGGCAAAAUGUUAUCGUUUCAAAAGAGACAAUUCAAUACAUUUAAAGGGAAGCGACGCUCAUUGAGUAAACCGUAUCCUAGAGUGCUUACUUGUCAAUAUCGUAGACAAAGUCUGAUGAAGUAUAAACGAUGUUCCAAUCAGUUUAUAAGUUUAGCUGAGGCAGUUUCCAAAUUUCAAAAUGGGACACCACAGAGAUUUCGUACUAUCAGUAAUAAAAAUUUGAAGGCAGGCUUCUUAAUGAAAUUGAAGCAACAUCCAUUAAAACUGACCCAUCCAAUUUCUCCACCAUUGAGAAGUAAGAGAAGAGCAAGAGCGCCCACUAUUUUAAAUCAACAAGAGCGCGAGAACUUAGAGUUGGAAGAGAUGAAAAAGCAUCAGAUCAAAGCAAAUCCUGUCCCAGUUAAUAUUUUGAAAGCUCCUUGUGUACUGAAAAAGGUUGCAAAAAAGCCGCCUACUGUUACAGAAGAAUUUCGUUUAACGCAGAACAGGAAAACGCGACAUACCAUAGGGUCACAUUUGAACUCACAAUCUGCUACUCAUAAUAAGGAAAAUAAUUGCAAAAAUUCUGCACCAAUUACUCGUUCUACUAGCGCUACAAAUGUUGCUGUUAAGAAAGAUAAUGCUUGUACUGGGGCUUCUAGCAAGGAUGUAAAGCAUGCUACAAACACUUUACCAAGCAGUUUUAUAACACGCAAUAAACAGUAUGAAAUGAAGAAGGAAGAGAAAUUAAAGAAUUUGCAUGUUCAAGAGACUAACAAAAUUAAGACCGAAUUUCAUGCAAGGCCUGCCCCCAAAUUUACAAAAAUAACAAAUACAGUUAAAGAACAGAGUGAAAAGAAACGAAUAGUUCCAUGUCCGUUUAGUUUUGCGGAGAGAGAUAAAUCACUUGCUAAAAAGAAAGAAGAACUUGUUAAAAAUAUGCAGGGACAAAACAAAGAAAUUCCUGCGUUUCAUGCCAAUCCUGCACCGAUUUUUAAACCUGUACUGGUACAUGGUUUGUCUAAAGAAAAUAUUCAGGGCAAGGAAAAAGGUACAAGCAAUUUAAAAAAACUGAUAACCAAGCAAACUAAAAGUUGCGUUGAUCAGGAAAACAAACAACCUAAUGUAAUUACUACUACUACUUCUGUUAACGCAAAAAAAAAAGAUGUAAAACAAUAUGUUCAUGAAUCUGAUAAAAAACAAGCUAUAAACACUAUAAAACGAAGCAGUGCUGUACAUGUUAAAAAUGAAAAGCCAAAAAUUAUUCAAAGAACGAAGUUUGAAUUAAAUACCGAUAAAAGAGCAAAAGAACGAAAUGAGUUUGACGAGAAAUUGAAGAAAAAGGAGCAGGAACUAAAAGCGAAGAAAGAAGAGGAAGAAAAGAGCAAAUUAUUGAAAGAAAAAAUGGAACGGGCCGAACUACGCAAAAUGACGGAAAUAAAAGCCAAACCAAUGCCAGUAUAUAAGCCCUUAAACAUUUUAAAAUCAACUAAACUUCCAGUCAGUCCACGAGGUCCUGCGUGUGCAAAUAGAAACAAACUAAGGAGUGUUUCUUAAUUUUAAGUAUUUUUUGAGUUAAUUUCAAGUACUUGGUAAUUGCAUUAAUUAUAUGUAGCUAUUUAGUGAAACAAAUAUGAUACUAUGUCAAUUAUAUCACAGAAAUAUAGUAAAUACUUUAACAUU